UCUCCAAAAUCUGACUUUCCGCUUGUCAUUCUUUUGCAGAGCAGACGUCCCUAGGAAUUAAGAGGUUAAUCUAAUUUUUUUUGAGAAAUCUUCAAAGCAAAGAUGACCAAGGGAACUACAAGUUUUGGCGAACGCCACAAUAAAACCCAUACAAUUUGUCGCCGCUGCGGAGAUUCCUCGUUUCAUCUGCAGAAAUCGAAGUGCUCCCAAUGCGGAUAUCCCUCGGCCAAAACUCGAUCCUAUAAGUGGUCCCGAAAGGCCAAGGGUCGCAAGACCCAAGGAACAGGAAGGAUGCGGUUUUUGAAGAAGCUGCGCCGUCGUUUCCGCAAUGGAUUACGCGAAGGAGGUUCUGCAAAGAAACGAUCCUACUAAAUCUAUUAAAUCUGCCUAGAUGAGGCUAAUAAAAACCUAAAUGAAGGCACCGAAUCCAUUAA